CGGGACAAAAUGAGUUGGUGGGUAUUUUCUCUCGUUCUUUCCUGCCUCUCUUGACUCCGCCUCACGAGGAAGGGCAACCGCCGUGGCUCUGCCAGCGGAAGCGAGGACUGCAGCAUCCCCCCUCCCCGAGACACCUUCAGACCCAAGAGCAGGUCGUACGGAAAGGAACUGUGCAUAUAUUCUAAAAUCUCAGCAAGACUAUUGGCAGAAUAGACAGUGCUUUCACAUGUUUGAUAUACAUAGUCUUUCUGCAACAUUUUAAAAAGACUGCUCUAACUGUAUGAUAUCUCGCUAUGGAUUUAUAUUGUUCAAUGACCGGUUCCUUGCUAUAUUUUCUGGUUUCUCUUUAGCACAACUUCCUAAGAGGAACUGAUGGCUGUGGAGGCAUCAUCAGAACAUACAGUGCAAGAGGGUGCACAGCAUGUUAAACCACGGAUUCUCCUGGCUGCUACUGGAAGUGUAGCUGCUAUUAAAUUUGAAAGUCUUUGUCGUAGUUUUUCUGAGUGGGCAGAAGUGAGAGCAGUAGCUACAAAGUCAUCCUUAUAUUUUUUAGAUAAAGCAUCGUUUCCAAGGGAUGUGACUCUUUAUACAGAUGAUGAUGAAUGGUCUAGUUGGAAUAAAAUUGGAGAUGGAGUGUUGCACAUUGAAUUACGAAAAUGGGCAGAUAUUAUGGUAAUCGCCCCAUUAUCAGCAAAUACCCUAGCCAAGAUUGCAGGAGGACUGUGUGGCAACCUACUAACAUGCAUUGUGCGAGCCUGGGAUUACAGAAAGCCUUUGUAUGUUGCUCCUGCCAUGAACACCUUCAUGUGGCAUAACCCCUUCACAAAACACCAUCUGGAAGCAAUCAACGAACUUGGUAUAGUCUUGAUCCCUCCCAUCACGAAGAGGUUAGCUUGUGGAGAUUAUGGAAAUGGGGCAAUGGCUGAACCUUCCAUGAUCUAUAACACAGUGAGGCUUUCUUACAAACCAUCACCUGUAAAUGGAUCUGGGUGACACUUAAAUGUUCUUAGGUGUCAAUCAAGUUUUCAUCCUAACAUUUUCUCUGCAGCUGCCUUGUUAUGUUUUGUAUAAUGAAAUAUUUUAUUUUAAAAAAAAUGCUGUUGGUGUUUGAAGUUUCAACUUGUUAGAUUUUAGGUUAUCCUCACAGGAAUGUGGUUCUUUUUUGUUGCUUCUAACUGGAGUGACUUUGGAAGUAGAGCUGUUGAAUACUUCAAAAAUCUUCUGUAA